UGUAAAAGGCAAUGUUUGCAUUAUAAAAUUUUCUAAAUUCAUUACAGUAUUUUGGGAGUAAUUCUUUGAGGAGUCAGAUCUGUAAGUGAAUUAAAAAACAAAAUAGAGUUAAUUUGGGGUUAAGAACAAUGUAUUUUAAAUGCAUAUUAUUCUUCCCUAUAGUUGAACAAUUUGUCCAAAACACAAUACCAUUCAUGUAGGAUUUUUGCCCGUUCAGAUCUAAGUGGGAAUCAGUAGUUUCUUUGUUGGUCACUAUGGAAACGAGUCAGCCUAUCCUGAAUAGCUCUUAGAUCAUACAGAACGAUGCCUGUGUCUCGGUGUAAUUCCUCGCUGAGCAAGCCAGGGCUGACUUCUCCCUGCCUCCAACUCUUCCCUCUCUGGAGCCAGUGCCAUGCAGGUGCAGGACGCACCCAGGCGGCCCUCUGCUGUGCACUUCCUCAGCGCCUUUCUGCAGGGUCGCCGGCACUCCACUUCAGAUCCAGUCCUCAGGCUACAGCAGGCCCGGCGUGGCUCUGGCUCUGCCACCAAGCUGCUGUCCUCAUCCUCUCUCCAGGUGAUGGUGGCCGUGUCCUCUGUCAGCCGUGCAGAGGGGAAACCAACUUUCCCUGAGAAAAAAAGAAAUUCAGGAUGCCCAACACCAAAGUACACAAAGGUGGGAGAACGUUUACGGCAUGUCAUCCCUGGACACAUGGCAUGUUCCAUGGCUUGUGGUGGGAGAGCAUGCAAGUAUGAGAACCCAGCCCGCUGGAGUGAGCAGGAGCAAGCCAUUAAAGGAGUUUACUCAUCCUGGGUCACUGACAGCAUCCUGGCCAUGGCUCGCCCAUCCUCUGAGCUCCUUGAGAAGUAUCACAUCAUUGAGCAGUUCCUCAGUCAUGGCAUAAAAACAAUAAUCAACCUGCAGCGCCCUGGUGAGCAUGCCAGUUGUGGGAACUCUCUGGAACAAGAAAGUGGCUUCACAUACCUUCCUGAAGCAUUCAUGGAAGCUGGCAUUUAUUUUUACAAUUUCGGAUGGAAGGAUUAUGGUGUAGCUUCUCUCACUGCCAUUUUAGACAUGGUAAAGGUGAUGACAUUUGCCUUACAGGAAGGAAAAGUGGCCAUCCAUUGUCAUGCGGGGCUUGGACGAACAGGUGUUUUGAUAGCAUGUUAUUUAGUUUUUGCCACAAGAAUGACUGCUGACCAAGCAAUUAUAUUUGUGCGGGCAAAACGACCUAAUUCCAUACAAACCAGAGGGCAGCUGCUCUGUGUGCAUGAAUUUACUCAGUUUUUGGCCCCUCUCCGUAAUAUCUUCUCUUGCUGUGAUCCCAAAGCACAUGCUGUCACCUUAGCCCAGUACUUGAUUCGCCAGCGUCAUCUGCUUCAUGGUUAUGAGGCAAGACUUCUGAAACACGUGCCAAAGAUCAUCCACCUAGUUUGCAAGUUACUGCUUGAUUUGGCUGAGAAUAGGCCAGUGGUGAUGAAGAACAUGGAAGGACCUGGUCUCUCUGCCGAAAUAGAAAAGACUGUGUCUGAGAUGGUCACAAUGCAACUAGAUAAAGAGUUACUGAGGCAAAGCAGUGAUGCGCCUGACCCGUUUAACUCUGCUGCAGCGGCAGCAGAGUUUGAGAAUCAGGAUGUAAUUCUUUCUAAUGACCAAGAAUUUGGUCCUCUCUGGAAGAGGCGGAAUGUUGAGUGCCUUCGGCCCCUGACACGUCUGAAAAGGCAGUUUAGCUACAGUGACUCAGAUUUAAAGAGGGCUGAGACUCUCCUGGAGCAAGGGGAGACCCCUUGGACAGUGCCUGCCCAGGACUUGCUGGGCUACAACCUCCAGCAGCAGAAUCCCAUCAGCCACUGUUACAUCUCACCAACUCCAGAGGUAGGUUUAAAUAAGGAAGCAUUGGUUCAUAGUACAUUUUCCUUUUGGACCCAGUCUAAGUGUGGAGGCUUGGAAGGACUCAAGAAUAAUGGAUCACCACUUCUCUGUAGGAGGGACAUUCCAAAGGAAGUGCAACGGAGCAGAACUUUCUCUGUGGGUGUAUCAUGUUCACAUAAUCUUGAGGAACCAGUGACACCCAACUUUGCAAGUACCCAUAAAGAUCCAGAGUCUUCCCAGCAGCAAGUCACCCACUGUCAGCAUGAAGCUCUGGGUUGUUGGGUGCCAGGCUCUGUACAAGAGGAGGGUAAUACUCCCUGCAGCCCUCCUAGCUGUGGCUCCAAUCCCAAGGCACAAAUACCACGUGGACAGGAAACCCAAGACAGCACAAACCUGUUUGAAGCAAUGCCACAUGGUGGUUUGCAGUCUGAAUUGAGUGCUGAAGCAAGGAGAAUACUGGCAGCAAAAGCCCUGGCAAAUCUAAAUGAGUUUGUAGAAAAAGAAGAAGUGAAAAGGAAAGUGGAAAUGUGGCAGAAAGAACUAAAUUCCAGAGAGGGAGCCUGGGAAAGAAUAUGUGGUGAGAGAGACCCUUUCAUCUUGUCCAGUUUGAUGUGGUCUUGGGUGGACCAACUGAAAGAGCCUGUGAUCACCAAAGAGGAUGUGGACAUGCUGGUUGACAGACAGGCUGAUGCUGCUGAAGCCUUGUUCUUAUUGGAAAAGGGACAGCACCAGACCAUCCUUUGCGUGUUGCACUGCAUAGUGAACCUGCAGACGCUACCCAUGGAGGUGGAAGAAGCUUGCCUUGCCCAUGCCAUUAAAGCUUUCACUAAGGUUAAUUUUGAUUCUGAAAAUGGACCAAUAGUCUACAACACCCUGAAGAAAAUAUUUAAGCACACUUUGGAAGAAAAAAGAAAAAUGGCAAAAGAGAGGCCUACGGCUGGCCUCUCAUAAGGCUUGCUUUUCUAGAUGAGCAUUGCCGACCUAGAAGUCCAGAUGACAUUUCUGUUUAUAUGGGAAUAUCUAAAGUUCGUGGAGCUAUUUUUUUUUUCAUAGCACUUUAUUUUGAAUGCUGUUUGGCUUGUGCUAAGAAUGUCCAUUCCUUUUUGGAGCAGUUAUUAUAAAAUAUCUUUGAGCUGUGUCUUAAAAAAUUGCCAUAAAUUUGGUGCCAUUUUAUUUACUGAAUUAAUAGUGUUGUGUUAACAUUUUAAGUAUGUGAUGUUUGUGUCUUUAUUCUCUUCGCUAUUUGGGGGAAAAACAGUAACUCUUUUUUCCAAAAGAGUUAUUUUCUUGACAGAACUCUUUGUGGCAUUUUUACCAAAUAGGUCAUUUUAGUAAUAGAAUUUCACUGUGUAUACAUCCUCCUGUACAUAAGACCUAAGAAAGUCACCAAGUGUCUUAAACUGUUUUGUAUUUGUUACUAAGAAGGCUAUUAAUACAUUUUUAGAGGACUUUUAAAAACUUUGAAGUUUUUUUUUCUUUUUAUAGAUGUGACAAGGGUUUCAAAGUGAUUUAGUUUCACUUUAAUGAAAUGACUAUGGAGUGGUUGGGAUUUCGUACUUGUAGAAAGUAGACUUGCUGUUUGUCAGGCUUCCAGACAUCUCUGACUUGGCUGUCACAGGAGGUACGAGCAGAUCUCAACAAAAAGCCUUAUUUACCCCCCAAGUUGCUGCCGAGCCAAAUCACCUCUUUACAGAGAAGUGGGAUCAGAAGCAAGCAGCGUGGGAAGUUGCUAAGAAGCAGGACUUGCCUUUGUUCUCCCAGUGACUCCAAGAAAGGACAGCGAUGCUGGGGAAGUGCUCUACACCAGCCCUACUUUCUUGGGCACGAUGGACACUCUGCAGAGGCAGCUCAACACUGGAGCAAGUCACUGUCUGUUCUGAGGGGUAUUAACAUUGCUGCCUGGCCUAAGCCCACACUCCCAAAGCUGCCCUUUCACAAGCCCACUUGCUUCAGGUCUCUGAUAACUAGCUGCUUUUGUGUUAUGAUUAUAAUUUUUAAAUUGAAUUUGAUCCCAGGAUGCAUUCACCCUAACUGACUUCAAAUAAGAACAAAUGACUGCUCAAUCUUGUUCUUUUUAGGUCAAACUAUUAAUCAAUAAUUGAAGCCAUAACUUUUAUUUAAAUGAAAUUAAUACAGGAGAGUAGCAGAAGCCACACCAUAGAGAGAACAGUAGGCAGCUUUCUUGAUAAAGGUGAUAAUCGGACCAAUUCAAACAAAGAAGUGACUGAUUUCCAAAACAGAAUUUUAGGAGAGAAGCAAGAGUGAUUUGGAGCAAAUUAAAUUUCUCUAAUGUCUGAAUUUCUAAAUUGCACUCUAGCAUUUCAAAAAUAUUUUAGCUGGUCAUGGUGGUGCACGCCUUUAAUCCCAGCACUUGGGAGGCAGAGGCAGGUGCACCUCUGAAACUGAAGCCAGCCUACUCUAUAUGUUGAGUUCCAGGCAAGCCGGGCUACAGGGAAACCCUGUCUCAAACAACAAAAUUUUCAAAAUCAUUGUUAGUCUCUGCAGCUCUAAUGACAAAGGCUAAAUGCAGUUUUCUUCCACCAUUUUUUUUUUUGAGAAAUCAAAUACAAUAGUUCUUAGUGAACUGACUUGCCCAGUAUUGAACUCUCUUUUUCAAAGUGCUUAACUUGAAAGAAGGAAAUAAUUGCACUCUAGCUCCUGAGGUACAUUAUAAAAACAAGAUUUCAAAAAGAAUGUUUGUCUUCACCUCUCAAGUGGGCAGCUGAUAGCAUGGACUUUCACAUACCCUCCCUCUCCCCUGACCAAAAAGCCAGCUCCUUGCUUGUGCAUUUGGAACGUCUGUUUCAAGUUAUAGAACAGUCAUGUGAUCACGCCAGUGCAUGGCUAAAAAUCCAAAAACGCCAGCCUGAGAAGAUAUGAUCAGGCUCUGUAAAGGUAUUGUAUUUAUUCGAAUAAAAAGAAAAAGAACA